AUGCAAGAACCAACAGAACGUUAUAUCCGCAGCCGCAUCGCAAACGCCUGCGACGGCUGCAAAUCCCGCAAAGUAAAAUGCGACGGAAAAUUACCCUGCAGUUACUGCGCUCGUCGUCAAAAGCCUCAUGACUGCCAUUACUCACCUCAGGUCCGACGCCGGAGAGCUAAUCACCAAGGAUCUGUAUCCUCCCUAAGAUCACCGCCUGCUUCGGAACUUGAUAGGGCUCUUUCAACUGGAAGAAUCUCGACGGGGAGGAAUAGUCCUGCUACGACACCUGUUAAUAAUGAAACGACGACUCAGGCAAUUGAUGCAGAGGAAGAAACUGAAGUUCCGAGGGAAGCGAGGCUGGUAUGCGAUGCACAGGGCAAAUUGAUCUUUGUCGGCGAUUGUGCGCCAUUGAGCUUCUUUCAAUCUGUUAGGCAACUCGUCACCACAAGAGUUGGACAGAAUGCUUUUGCACCGCAGUCAAGUCGAUAUUCUGUCCUUGAAAACGCCACUGCGCAUCAAUCACGUCGGACCCCUGGCGAUAACCGCAUUCCAACCAUAAACACCGACGACAUUCCCCUCGCUGUAUCAAAUUACCUCGCCAUUGCGACUGGACUUGUGGAUUUAUUCGAUCAUCGACGAUUGCAGGAUGAUCUUGUAUUCUGGGCGAACAUGGGUCAAAAGACGGAUGAUGCUACUACUAUCGUCAAUUUACUCGUCUUAGCUAUCGGAACGAAAAUUGACAAUGAGGAGCGCGCCCAGGAGUAUUUUGAGUAUGCGCGUGAAAAAGCAUAUUCUAAUCUGACCGGUAAUCUAAGCGUUACAACGGUCCAAAUGUUUACUCUCAUCACGCUCUACAUGCUCUGCUCAUGUCAAAUCAACGGCGCAUUUUUAUUUUUUGGUACAGCUGUCCGAGCAGCGUACUCUAUCGGCAUCCACAGAACAGAAGUCAACGCGCGUUUCGGACCGGAUAUCCACAGACAACGGGAUCGUCUAUGGAAGAGUUUACGUGUGGUCGAUCUAUUUCUUAGUUCAUCUAUGGGAAGACCGCCUGCGACGUCAGAUGUGGACUGCACAGUACCCUACCAAAGCCCUGAUGAGAACCUCGAAGAACACCUCGAUUUACUCAACGCUUCGGUACAAAUAUUUCUAGUUCUGGAAGGUGUCGUAACAGAGAUUUACUCACGACGGAAAAUCUCGUUACAGCUUACAGAGGGAAUAUCACUUCAAUUACGAGAUUGGUCAUCGCGUUGGUUAAAGCCACUGAAGGAUAUAGUCGCCAAUCCGGAUAUCCAGGACAGGGCUCAAGCAAGUGGUGCGUGUCAGAUUUUGGCUACGUAUUAUUACGCCGUCAUGCUAGUGUCCCGACCAUUUCUUAUGUAUGAGCUUUGUAGACGGUUGUCUGAUGGUUCAGUGGCUUCGAAUGGUCGAUCUGCUUUGACGUCUGGAAAGUCGAAACUUGCUGAUGCUUGUAUCGAUGCGGCUAGUUUGAUGGUUGAUCCUAUACUUGACUUGAUCCAGAGGGGUGUUCUUGUGGGACAUGUCCCUAUUCUGGUGUCAUGGCUAUUCGCCAGCUCUCUUGUUUUAGGGAUUGGUCUCCUUGGCGGCUUUGGUAGAGUCCUCGAAAAAUACACCCGUAUGGCCAUCCACGCACUCGACCACUGCUCCAACCACGACACCCACGCAGGCCAAUACUCCCUCAUCGCCCAAUCCCUUCUUGCUACAUCCCUCGAACAUCUCGAAAAGCGUGAACUCGCCGAACGUCAACGGCGUACCGAAAACUCCAGUCAAUUAUUCGGUCUGAUACCAUCUGACGCAACAGACUCACCCUCGGCUUUCCGCCGGGAGACAAGCCAGCCGGGAGUCAGUCCUGCUGCCAGUAGAGGAAGGGAAUCGCUAGAUAGAUCUUUCCUACAACAUAAUGGACUACAGAAUGUAGCGUCACCUCUAUUUGGGGAUUUAGAUUCAGCGUUUCUGGGACUCAGUGAGUCUAUGAUGCAGACUCCUGAUCCGAGUUAUUGGACGAUGGGGAAUGAAGCUGAUACGGGGUCUGCUUUGAAUCUGUUUGCGCUUUUGGAUGGAGGUGGGGGGAUUGAUCUGACGCAUCAUUUGUGA